UGGUCGUUGUAUGACUUGACUCAGGGGCUUUAAAAAUAAAAUUUCUACAGACAAUAUAACCAACAUAGGAAGUUUGAUGUUGAGGUGAGUCUGUGACCGUGAGUCUAUCUGAUUCAUUCAUUUGACUUGCUCAAUAAUUAAGUAAACUGGUUAGUGGAUGGACAUCUCUACUAUAUUCCAUUGUUGCUGUCAAAAAGACAAAUGGAAGCGGGUGGUUUUUCGUAUUUUUUUUAUUUUUUGUGCAAAAUAAUUUCCAAAUACUAUUGUAACUCUGUAGCAAUACUUAAAAAAAUUACAAACGUUGUUCUAAGUAUUACAGUUUCACGUGCGAAAAUGCUUCUUAAAAGUUUGUAGUACGUUCGCGCUCGUGUCAGUAAUAUUGAUUUAUUUUAUUUUGCUGAAAGAACAAUAUUAAAAGGAUGUAGGCCCAGGAUAGUGAAAUGUCCAGGCUUUUGCUACCGCCAGGAGGUGUCGAAUGUUAGCCGGUCCCGGUGAGAAUGUAUACGCAAGAUGAAAACUAAAAGUUUCCUUGUAUUCUCAACGUCGGUGUUCGCGAUAAGCAUAUUCCUGAUCGUGUUCCACUCCCAACCGCCGCAGUCUAUCCAGAACAUCGUCACACAAACUCAUCAACACAUCAAAGAUUUUCAGGGCUCUGUGGCGGUGCAGGAGAACCUGCGCGAUGUGGAGGAGAGCAACCUGGUGGCGGAGGAGCGCUACAUGCGACGACUGUUGGGCGCCGAGCGGUGGCACAACAGCAGCACGCCGGCGCUGGUGACGCAUGUGCGCGGCGACGCGCACGCGCCGGCCGUCAGCUUCGUGCGCGCCGCUGCUCGCCUGCCCUACACCGUGCUGCUCUACAACCUCGGCUUGAAGCCCUACUCUCUCUCUGUGGUGCAGAAUUAUUGUAACUCGUCAAAGUGUGCAGUGAUAGACUUUGACCUAGAUGAAUUCCCCUCGCAUGUGAGUGAUGAGAGCAUACACGCGUUUCGGCCUCUUAUCAUACAGCACGCGCUGAGCAGGGUGGGCGGCGUGGUGUUCGUGGAGGCGGGCUGGCGCUGGGCGGGCGGCGCGGCGGCGCUGGCGGCGCUGUGGGCCCGCGCGGCGGCGCCGGCGGCGGCGGGGCUGCUGGCCUGGCCGCGCCGCGCCGCCGUCACGUCGCUCACGCACCCGCGCAUGUUCCACUACCUGCACGCCGCCCUCGACGACUUCCUCUUCGUGCAGAUGGUGGACGCCGAGCGCCUCGUGCUGGCCGACACGCCCGCCAGCGCCGCCAUCAUGCGGCCCUGGAUCCGCUGCGCGCUCACGCUCGACUGCAUCAUGCCCAUCGGCGCGCAGUCCGGCGGGUGUCGGUUCGACAAGAAACCGCAGUACCGAUACUCGGGCUGCCACGGGCAGGACGCGUCGGCGCUGAGCAUCAUCCUGGGGCUGCGCUCGGGGUUCGAGGAGUCGCGGUACGCGGUCCGCGGGCCCGCGGGCGGCGCGUGGCGGCGCGUGUCGGCGGGCGAGGCGCGCGCCCAGCUGCAGCGGCUGGAGCGCAACUACACCGACGCCGACGGCCGCACCGAGCGCAGCGGCUCGUAGCGCCCGCGCUGGCCCGCGUGUGUUAGCACCACCGCCGCGCAUGAUAGCGCCGACCACCGCGAUCGCGCGGUCGGCGCCCCCUUCCCUGGCCCGCGUAUAUUCCGAACCCCGCGAUCGCGCGGUCGGCGCUCCCCGAGCUGGCCGCAGAAAUAUCGAGAGCAGCUAUUAGGUAGUUAUUAUAAAGUGGAAUAGUUUCCCGGUGAUAAAUUUAGGUAGAGAUAUCGAACGAUUGGUCGGUUAUAUAGUUAAAAACGAUGAGCGAUCAUAACGGAAUAUUUAUUUCGGUGUCGACGACGACGCUUCGUUACCUGUAUCGGUUUGAUAACUUUGAAUGUUGAUUUGAUUGAAUGGUUAUUUGCAUUUAGCUGUUAAGUUUCAGUAUAUUUAUUUUUACCGUGAUGUAGUUAUAAGAAAACCAGUGCCAGUUGUGUAAAACGGCGUGUAAACUGAAGUACCAAAUCAUUAAAAAAACGGGAUCAGAAUCUGUUUUUGAAAAUGUUCAAUUCCACUUCUUAUCUUAGUUAUAGAGCACACUGCAGAGGGGUAUCUUGCUCGCAAAAUGUGCGCAGCUUUUACUUUCGCAUUGCAAUAGUUGAAUGCACUAUAAAACUAUUGUACCACACAGUAUGGCAAUAAUUCCACAUCAACUUUAUCGAAGUCCGGAAUCAGUAUAUACACAUUUAUAUAUUUGUAUACAUCCAACGAAAUGCAUUGCGCAUAUUUAGCAAACGAAAUACUCUGCAAUAUGCUGUAAUUUGACGUUAAAUGAAAGCAAUCUCGAUGUCAAUUCCUCAGUUUGUUACGCUGUACAUACGGUACCCUGGCUGGUCCUGGCGACACAGGUAGCUCGGCUACGUUUUAUAUCAUUUAUUUUGUAUGUAUAUACAAUGAUACUCAUUAGUAAUGCAUAUUUUAGUUGUAAGCAAAAUGUUGUCGGCCGGUGUUGCCGCCGCAGACGAAUACAGCCGCAGUAGAAAAUUUUGCGAGGUUGAAAUAAAUCGAAAUUUUAUAUUUUUGGUUGUGAACUUAAUAUCAACAAGUAAAAUAUUCGAGACUCUUGUAUUUCUUGAAGAAAAUUGUGAUAUAUUAUUUACAAGACGUACGUUAGCGUAGUGUGCAAGCGCGCACGCGCGCGCGUCACUUAUAUUUAAGAUCUCAUUUUGUUUACGCGACUUCUCGACCAAUCCUUGUUCUACCUUAGCCUGUGCUUAAGCAAUUCUGACGUAGUUUGUUAAGUAAACAAUUUGUAAAGUUUUACAGUGCGCACUCACCCAGUGUUAAGACGAAUGUUAUUUUUUGAAAGUAUCUUCAUUUCUCCGCCUUUUCGGGCCAUAAUAUAAGUGAUAGUUGUACACGAAUCACAUCUACCUAUACAUUUUUAUAUGCAACUUUGAGCAAUCUAGUCGUGAUUUACCAAAUAAGUGAUUUAAUGGUUCUUGUAUGACGACCCUUCGUGCUAAGAUUAAAGAAAAUAUCGUCCUAAUAUUAUGAAAUUUGUAUUUGAUAUUUAAUUUUCGGCAAUAAAUAGAUGACUAUUAAUUACGCUAGUACAAUUUAAGUACAGUAUUUACACGGACAACCUUCGUACAUAGUAAGUGGAGGCGCUCGGCGCUGGUGGCGCAGCAGGGCGGCGGGCGGUGGUCGGCGGGUGUGUGCCGGUUAGUACAAGAGUUCGUGUCAUGGGUGUAAGGUGUCCGUCUGCUAUUGUAUAGCCGGAGCCCUCCCCGCGAAUUUUGUCGACGCUUUCCAUGCGCAUAAUCUUAUCGACUAGUGAGAAUUAUUUAUUAAACCAUGAUUGUGAUGACAGA